AUGAUACUACCUAAGGAUGGAAAAGAGGUUGGUGCUUAUGCUCACCCUUGCACUGCGACCGGAAAAAUUGUCCUGGUACUCGGUACGAUGGUCUGUUCAUCUGACGCCGAAAGCAAGACCAUUGAGAAGUAUACUCCGCGGGGAAGAAAUCCCAUCAUCACAUCUGACGGUUCAGCGAGUGAGCGGAAAAGGUUUGACGGACUUGGUCUCAGCACCACCCACAUAGUACUUGGAGUUAGAAACGACUGCCUAUACAAUGGUCACAGUCUGCGGCGGUAG